UUCAAUAAUCAACUAACGACAGCCUGAAACAGUGGGAGCCUUAAAUAACAGAAGAGCCCAGACAUCCUGCCACAUAGACAUUCAGUAGAAACAUGUAAGUUUCAAGCCACUGUGUUUAAUCUUAGUAUGUGAAAUGCCUUUUUUAAAAAAUCCUAAAAUUCAUCACCAAAUGGAUUCCUUUAUAUUAAUUCUGCUCUGUACAUGACAGUAAAUGGGGGAACAGAGGCCACGUCUGGAGCCCAUACAGGAGGAGUCGGAGAGGGAAGAUGAAUUCAGAGGAAGCGAAACAGGAGAAGGAGAAGGAGAGGAGGAGGAGGAUGUGGAGACAGAGGAGGUGAUGGAAGAAGAUAAAGAUUCUCCGCUGAGGGUUAUGAGACCUAGGAGAGUGUCUCGUUCCCUCAGCGAAGACAGGUUUCUUCGCACCCAAUCUACCGACAAUUAUCAGGAGGAAUCGGCCGGGUUCUCAGAGUCAGAUUGGAGCACACACACGGUGGGUUUAAGUGAGGAAGCUGCCCCGCCUCAGCAGACAAGAGUGGGAAAUAAGAAGAGGUCCAGCAGUGCUGAGCUGAAAAUAAAGGUCUCCAAACCGAUAAAAAAUAUAAAAGUGAAACCGUCUGUGCCGAAGAAGAGAAAAAGUAAAGUGAAGAAGAAGAGUUCUCCGGCUGUGGAUCCGUUUCCUCAGUGGCUGGUGAAUCUGAUGGUCAACAUUGAAGAGGCGACGACUCACCAACUGGUGGUGGAGUAACAGAGGCGAAAACAUGUGGGGCGAGUCAACCAGUUCGGCCUCUGAAUGUAGGACAAACUCUUCACGGCUAGAAUGCCAUGCUGAGGGUUGGCACUGCAAGAGAGUAAAGUCUGUGUGCAUGUUAACGUUUCUUUUUUGUCAUCAGUAAACAAACAACAAACAGCUAAGGUACAAUAAUAAGGCAUACAUGGAGUGUUUACCUGCUGUCAAUGUCACUUGAAAAAAAAUAAUUAUUUUUCUGAUGUCUUUUUUCAUAUACAUUUUUGAUAUGUAUCUCCCAUUAGAAUUGUUUAUGGGAAAACUGGGAAAAACACAGACUUCAUCUUUCUCAUGAUAUGAAACUAGAAAGACAAACAGACCAAAGGCAAUUCUAUAUUCACAUCAAUCAAAUUUCUCUUUUGGAUUCCUUUUCCUAGAUAUCAAUAAGAGAGGCCACCACUCCU